AUGUGCCGCAGUAGACGAGUCAAGUGCGAUGAGGCUCUCCCAAUAUGUGACCGCUGCAGAAAGGGCAAUCGCGAUUGCGUUUAUCCUGACCCCCCAACUUCCAAGAGCUCCCAAUUCAGAGGCAGUAUAAAGUACAGUACAAAGCCAUUCACCGACGGUGGAAAUGGUGAUUCCGACCCAGGGGUUAAGCCCUUGGAGACAAUCGUGGACGAAGAUGAAGGAGAAGAUGUAUCGCCCAGUGCGGGCUCUGAUUCCACAUGGUCAGGAACCAAGACGAUCAGCUCCUCCGGUCAUAAACUCUCCCGGAACGCAAGUUCUGAGAGCAUGUCACAAGACAACAUUAGGAAAUCUCCUCCUUCUGUUCCUACCCUUUGCGGCACAGAUGCAGCCGCGUCUCCCGAUUCGUACUAUCCGAUGGGAGGACGGGCUGAUUGGUCGCACCUUGCACCGGACUAUCAGCACCAUCUCAAUUACUUUGCGGAAAACAUUACGAAUUUUCACUACAGCAUCACCUACGACGAAGACAAUUUUUUCGGCAGGAUUUUGCCAUUUCUCGCGGUGCAGCACGAGCCGUUGCUCAAUGCCUUGGUCGGGUUCACUUCGUAUCAUGCUGCGCUGCAAAACCCAGACGGCAAGCUUCAAGGCUUCUUGACGUAUUACAACAGAAGCGUCACUUUGCUUCUUGAAUCAUUGACCAAGAAGGAGAUGAAUAACGUGCUGAAUCUCGUGACUAUUCUCCAGCUAUUAACCAUUGAAGAAUAUCUUGGCGACUGGGUCAAUCUGAUGGGCCAUCAAAAAGCAGCCUUUCAGGUAAUUCGAAAAAUUUUCACGCCCGUCACGGUGAUGCAAACAGCGGUUGGAAGAGCAUGCAUUAACUGGUACACGCGGUACGACUGCUUUGUUGCUAUCCAGGGCGGGUUCCCAACGGAUCUACCAAAGGCGUGGUUCAAUCUCAUGAACGAGCACUACAAGUCGCGAAUGGAUGCCGACGUUGAUGAUAUUUCGUCGAAAAUAAGUCUCAGAUCAACCCGGUUACGUUCGAUAUCGUACGACAUGUCUAUAUUGUAUGCGCGUGGCAGCCGUGGACAGAUUACCUCGGAGGAUUUCGCUCGGGAGCACUCCAAGAUCACUGACAAGCUCUUCCAAUGGAAGACGACGUGGGACAAGGUUCUUGCGGACCCUGAUUAUCUUGUUACGGACUUUCCGUACAUCAAGGAGCCGGAUCCGGAUGAUAUCGUGAAUCCCUACACGACGGGUCUGCUGUACCACGGCUUGUUCUUCACCACCACUCUGAUACACACGGAGUGGGCAUCCACAAUGUUGAUGCAUCUAUCACAAUCACCUGAUAUGCCAUCCGAGAAAGUCUUCGCUGAAAUGGCGGCACACGCGUACACAGUCUGUCAAGCCUUUGGGGCUGUGGAAUCAUGGCCCCUCAAGCCAAAGGGGGCCCUCAUUCCAUUCAUGUGCUGCAUCUCCAUUGCGUCCGUCUUCUUGCCGCAAACUCCACGCAACCACAUGUGGAUUCGUCGCAAAUUUGCUCUCUUGGAGAACAUGGGAUUCAUCCAACCGACUGAACGCCGAUUGAAACUGGCAGUACUUUUCCGUGAUCCAAGUUGUGCUCACUGGUGGCUACCAAACGAGGAAGGGCUAACUCCCGUUUUACGAGCCAUCAAACUGUUUGCUGAUGAGAGAAACGCAGCAGCCGUGAAUGCGCAGCAUGAAAACAUUCGAGAAGUGCGACACGUGUUUGCCAAAUUGGAGACUGCUGAGCUUGCUUUUCAACAAGCCCAGCGCGACAGAGUACCCUGA